CGAGCCGACAUGGACGCGCAAGAGGAGAGGUUCUACGCCUCCACUCCCGACCGCUCGGAGACCAACAGCCCGCGCUCGCACAUGAGCAGCCCCAACUCCAACUCCUCUAUCAACGUGACCGACCAGAGCAUCUCCCUCACACAGCACCAGCAGAACCUGGAGACGCUGAACAGGAUGGGAAUGUUUUUCCACGCUCAGCAGAUGCAUCUGAACCAGUUUGAUGCUGUGAAAAGACUUGGUUUGACGCAAGUGCCCAGUGUGAGCCAGGGUCCUCGGCAUACGAUCGACGCGAUCCUGGGCCUGAACGGGCAGCGGCCAGUGAGUAGAGUGAGUGAGUUCGAGCCCCGGCAGGAGCGGGAGUGCGAGCCGGUGCCGGUGUCGCCCGGCGCUGUCGAGAGUGCUGGUGAAGGUUCGUGCAACAGUAACGACGGGUACAGCCAGCGUGCCGACGACAAAUCCCCUGCUGGAAGUGACGAAGACGCCCCCAGACCAGGUUCCACAGACAACAAGAAGAAACACCGCCGAAAUCGGACUACCUUCACCACCUAUCAGCUGCAUGAGCUGGAACGCGCCUUUGAGAAGAGCCACUACCCUGAUGUGUACUCCAGAGAGGAGCUGGCUAUGAAGGUCAACCUGCCCGAAGUCAGGGUACAGGUGUGGUUCCAAAACCGUCGCGCGAAGUGGCGCCGCCAGGAAAAGAUGGAGGCAGCUCGGCUGGGCCUGUCGGAGUACGGGUGCGGCGCGGGCGGCAUGCCGCGGCUGAGCGGGCUCGGCUUGCCGGUCGACCCGUGGCUCGCGCCGCCAUUGCUCACUGCACUACCGGGAUUCCUCAGUCACCCUCCAUCAGGGUACCCGAGCUACUUAACUCCCCCCGCGCCCGCGCCGGCGCCGCCCGCACCCCCCGACCCUCGCUCUUCCUCCAUUGCCGCCCUACGGAUGAAGGCCAAAGAACACGUGGAAAACAUCAGCAAAGGUCUCACCAUGGUCUAGUUAAUGCCAGAAACAAAUGGGGCUUAAACACAUGUCUGUAUUGAUGCAAAUUCGGAGAGGACAUGUUAGCUGUUUUAGCUAAAGUUAACCGCUGAAGGUAUAGUCCUAAAGAUUUUGAAACAUAAGAUGUAUUAUACUUAAAUGUGCACUAAGAAUAUAAUUAUAUCUGUAAUUUAUCUCUGUAAAUGGUAGAACUUAGAAGUGAAUAGCAAAUUUUCUGAAAAUCGUUUUUACGACUGAUUUUUCUAAUGGGGGAAUUUUGACUCAAUAAGGCCCUACUGAAAUCCUCACGAUAUUCUAAAGCGACGUCUUAUUACGUCCGUAUAUAGAUUGAGACGUAAUAAGACGUUUGCUUAGAUGUUUGAUAUGUUAAGAUGAAAAUAUAAGUCAUUGUAUAUAUUAGAAUUGUGUAUAUGUUAGUUUUAAUUGUCGUUGUUUGGUACAAAACAAGCAAUAAUAAAGUUUAAAUACAAUUUUAAGGCCCCUAAUGUUAUUAAUGGAAAGAUUUUUUUUAUGCACGACAAAGUGACAGUGCACCUGAUGGUAAGUGGAGUGUGGUCCAAUAGAAUGUCGACUGACGAGAGAUGAUUACUCCUCGGCAGUCGACACAAUUAUGCCGGCCUGUUGGAACCCGAUAUACACAGACUGAUUCCAGAACGCGACACACUUACGUGAGCCACUAUGGCGGGUUUUAACACCUUGUGUACGGUGGUCGCUAUUGGGCGAAUAUAAAUAUAUCCUACUACCAGCAAAAUAAAAGUUUUAUUCUUCAGUAACUAGAAGAAGACGUUGUUUCCCUACCAUUUUUUGCUUAAAUUUAAAACCAAUGUUCACGGUAUUCAGAUAAAUCAAAAUUAAUAAAUACCAAGUGAAUAAAUAUAUACAAAUAUUCGCAGAAACAGCUCAAUAGAAACUAAAUUAAUACUAAAUGUUUGAGAAUUGUAAAUAUACGUAAACGUAAUUAUACGUCGAGUAGUGUAUUCAAGCAAUAUGCGUGUGUAAUAUAUGAAUAUAAAAUUAUUAUGAAGAAAUAUUUAAUGUAAAUGAGUAUUUCUCAGAAUAAAUGAACGUAACGAAAUAGAUUUUUACAAAAUAUUAAUAAGAUAUUAUUUGGCCCAAAAGUAUUUUUAUUUCUCUUAAUCAAUAAAUGCUAUAAAUAUUUCAUAUAAUAGAUGUAUUAAGACAAAUAAAAAGUACAUUAGACAGAAAAUUUCGUAACAAUAUUCCGUAAAAACUAUUUCGUUACGUUCAUUUAUUUUGAGAAAUUCUCAUAUAACAAAACUAUUUCAUUUAUUUGUAUUUGGAUUUAUACUGGAUUGAAUUAUUGUGUUAUUUCUUUUGAAUAAUUACAAUUAUUACAAUUACUGAAUAAAUUUCUAAAACUAGAGACGUAAUGCACGCGCUCGUGUUAUUUUGUACCUAUUAUUUAAUUUAAUUAAAAUGUACUUAAUUUUAUGACUUAAAUUAAAAAAUAGUUAGUAUCUAGAAUUGUAUUUAAGUAUAGAAAUUUAUGUACCAAUGUGAAAAAAUGUAUAUACUGUAUUUAAAUGAAACAACUUAGCUAAACGUUUCACUGAAGUCUAUGUAUACAAUAAUUUCUCACCGUAUUUAGUAUUUACUAAUAAAUGUAUCUAUCAGUAUUUUCAAAAUUCUUCUGACUUUCUACGUUGGGCGAUAUUUGACGUCCAAAGUAACGAGAAAAAAAAUUGUGUAGGAAAGAUGGACUCACAAAUAAUUUAUUAGUAAGAACUUAAUUAUUUUAAUUUGGAAUAGUCAUAUAUCUAAUAAGUAAUUUACAAAGUAUUUUAUGUUUCCGCGGGACAGCUCUUCUUACGAGGAAUUCAUCUGUUAUAAAAAAAUAUAUGUAUUAGUAUUACACAAAUUUAAAUUUGUUUUCUCAAAAUUAAUAUAAUUUUUUUAUUACUCUUAAAUUUUAUUGCGAAAACAAUUUUCAAAAAAAGUAAAUGAAAGAUUGUCUUAUGACUAUUAAAAUAUUACUUAAUAUUUUUGAUUCUUAAAUAUCUGAACAAUGAUUCCAUUUACUGUGAAGUAAAAUUUUUCAUUUUACAUAUUGCUUUAUGAUUUGUGUUUACGCGAAUGUUAGAUAUUGAAAUGAAACUCUAUUACGGAUUUUAUUGCAGCCUAUUUAAGGCAACAAAAUCUACGAAUCGUCGUGAGAUUAUUAUAACAUAAAAAACUGCGAAAAAAUUCGAACAAUAGUUUUCUUCCAAACAUAAUGGUGCCUGAGAUUCACGCGGAAAUUGUAUACUGACAAAUAUCUUUCAAUUAAAUGAAUCAUGUUGAAUAUACUGUUAAUUUUACAGUCCUUAACUUAUCUAAUUGAAUUCCAAACGGAAUACGAACAUUAAUUUAUUUCAUUUAAAUUUUGAGACGACAUAAAAUUGUUCUAAAUUGAUUUAUACGAUUCAAUUCCACUUAUAUAAAAAAACAUAACUUUACUAAAAUAAUCAUUUUUUAAAUUUAAAAAUCUUAUUGAUAAUCACGUAAAAUUAUUUUAUUUCCUUAAAAAUAUUUUGUGAAAACAUAAUUACUAAAAAUCCUUUUUAAACUUUCCUUCCCUAAACUCUAUCAUAAGAUCAUAAUUUCUACAUUUUAAUCACUGUCAGACACUACCAUGGUUUCAUGCUCAUCAGUUCCUCAUCUACAGCUUCCGAUACAUUCCCUUCCCUUUGCCCUGUGAUGUGUUGUAUAUAUGUCUGUACAUACUGCGUGGAUAGUGCUAGCUAAGAGAUAUACAAUGAGAGAUAAUAAAUGUGUUCUUAUA